UUGGAAAAUGUUGCUUUGUGCAUGUAGCCCAUGCAUCUCAUCGAUUUCGUUGUGUAGGCUACAAUGUAUAGAGUAUAAAGUAGGCGUGUUUCCACCCGCCUUUGACACUUGUAUGUUGUGAAACUAAAACAGGGAAUUCGUCUGCCUUACUGCUUGAGACAAAAUCGACACACCGGCGUGGCUGCUCCGGUGUUUCACGUUGUGGUAGGACGUCGCAGAAACCGCGGCUCUGGAGGACUUUUCGGAAGAAAACCUGAACGGAAAAGACCCAUUGGGCAGUAUGAUAAAGUCACAAAGAAGCCGUGAGCUGGGUCCGGUAGCUCGCUGAUAAACAGAACCGGAACAUCUUGGACCUUAGGGUAGACCGCAGGCUCGAAGCACCAACGGCCCGAAAUUCGGGUUUAAGCGCGCACGAUCAUGGCUUGGUGCGACGGGAGGUGUACCCUUAUUGUGAUAUGCAGCUUGCAGCUGGUGGCUGCACUACAGAGACAGGUCAUAGAUUUCCUUGGCUACCAGUGGGCCCCUAUCCUGGCUAACUUCCUGCACAUCAUGGCUGUCAUACUGGGAGUGUUUGGCACUGUCCAGUUCCGCUCACGUUACAUCAUACUGUAUGCAGUCUGGUUGGUUAUCUGGGUUGGCUGGAACUCCUUCAUCAUCUGUUUUUACCUGGAAGUGGGACAUCUCUCACAGGAUAAGGACUUCCUGAUGACAUUCAACACCUCCUUGCAUCGCUCCUGGUGGAUGGAGCACGGCCCUGGGUGCCUGGUAACAGCUGUUCCCGACUCUCCAUUGGCUCCUCAGGAUCACCAUGUGAUAACCAUCAGUGGCUGCCUCUUAGAUUAUCAGUACAUAGAGGUGGUCAGUGCUGCCCUGCAGGUCUUCCUCGCUCUCUUUGGCUUUGUGUACGCCUGUUACGUGAGCAAAGUAUUCCUGGAGGACGAAGACAAUGUUGAUUUCAUUGGUGGAUUUGACUCCUAUGGCUACCGUGCUCCCCAGAAGAAUUCACAUUUGCAGCUACAACCCCUCUACACGUGACGGUUUCUCAGAUCCUCUGACCCUUGAUGAGGAAAGAGAGUUGGCAUCACGCAACUCUUCAGAUCGCUGCGAGCUCUGAUAGUGGGAUGAAUAAAUUACAAUAAACUUUAGUAACUGUGUAACUGUGUUGUUCAUACCGUAUGAUACUACUGCUACAUGGUUUAUUAUGUUGUUCACAAUCACAACAGACUCAAGCUUGCUAGUACACAUGCACUCAAAAGACAUUUGGUCU